UCUAAUCUCAUUUCUUAAGGAAUAAAUUCAUUUCCCUGGAAUUUCACGCAGCUUUUGUUUUUAUGGAGUUCAUUUAGUUGAAAUUAGACAAGGGUGUUACUUCAACGACUCAAGUGAAUUGAAUUUCAUACAGGCUUUGUUUCAGUAAUAGACAGCAAAAUUUGUCAGGAGCCAACUUAAUUUGCAGAGCUCAAUGUAGUUGGCAUGCGUAAUAGGGCUUUAAGACAACAAUUUUGAUUUUUGAUCUCAAUAAAGUGUAAAAGGCAUGGUCUCAGGGGCGAAGUCUUUGUAGGUUCCAAGCUAGACCUCAUUUACUUUCAGGAGUCACUUAAGCAUGUUAUCUGCAAUUCUUUGUCCCAUCGGGACUAUCCAGUAUAUGCCAGGAAGGACUGUUAACACAAGGACCAGGAAGCAUUCAAAAAGUUCAGUAUCUCCCCAAAAUUCCAUAGUUUCUGCGAUAUCAAAUAAGACAUUACCUUUGAGAUCAUUUUCAAAUAAUUUCACUUUUUAUCAGAGAGAGAGGUAUUCCAACAUAGGACAUGGCUCAAUAUUACACAGACUUUCAGCAUCAAUUGGGAAAGAAGUGACGCUUGAGGAGCCAAACAUUGACAUUGAUCAGGAUGCUGGGCAAAGUGGAGGUGUGGAUAAUCCAUCAGAAGGUGAUAAAUCAUAUGAAUCUGGCUCAUCAUCAGAAACUGAAUCAGUUGCUGCUAAAGAUUCUUCGAGUUCAGGACAGUCAAAACUCACUAGAAAUAUUAGCAGGAAUGAGAACCCAAGAGUGCCAAAUGAAGAAUUGGUUCCUGGUGCAACUUUUACAGGGAUAAUUAGAAGAAUACAGCCAUUUGGCGCUUUUGUUGAUUUUGGAGCUUCCAUGGAUGGACUAGUACAUAUAUCCAGGCUUAGUGAUAGCUUUGUUAGAGACAUAAAUGAUGCUGUUUCAGUUGGGCAAGAGGUGACUGUUAGGAUAGUAGACGUGAAACUAGAAACAGGACGUAUUGCUCUAUCAAUGAAAAGUAGUGAUGAUUCAAACAGGCCAAGUCAAGUACAAUCUUCUGCUCUUAAUUCUGGAGAAGGCGGUGUUAGACCUGUUCAAAUUGGAAAGGGUGCUGGACGAUUCAGCAAUGAAAAGAGAGAGGUGACUCAAAAGAGGUCCAAAUUGAAGCAAGGACAAAUUGUAGAAGGGAAUGUCAAGAAUAUAGUAAACUCUGGAGCAUUUAUAUCACUUCCUGAUGGUGAAGAAGGCUUUCUUCGUUCAAACGAGGCAUCUCAGAAUCUUUCUGGAAAAAUGGAAUUACAAAUUGGACAAAAUGUUAGUGUUAGAGUAUUGCGUAUUGAGAAGGGAAAGGUGAAUUUGACAAUGCAAAAUGAGGAAGAGGAGGAAAGUUUUAAAAUUGUGCUUAAUAAAGGUUCAAUUGGAGCUGCUUCAAAUCCUUUUGAGUUGUUCUUUCGCAAAGAUCCUGUUAUUUCUUCUCUUUUAGAAGAAAAGGAGAAACUGCAGGAAAAUGGUAGGCUAGUAGAAUCUCAGGCAGAGGUUGCAGCUGAGAAUCUUGAGGAACAAGAAGAAGAAAAAGUAGGGACUGUAGGGUCUGGGGAAGAAGCUGCAUUAACUGAGGAAGUUGAUGACAAAAUUUCAGUAGAGGAUAUCACUCAAAUACCAGAAAGCAUUAGGAAAGAUAAAGGAUCUGAAAUGCUUGAAACAAACGAGUCAUUGACAAAUGAGAAAACAGAGCAAGUGGAAGACUUUUCUGUGUUAUCAACUGAGAAAGUAGUUUCCACUGAAUAUCUCACAAAAGAGGUAAGUGAUAUCCAAGAUAAUGAAGUGAAUGCUAUGAAGUAUAUUUCAGAUGACAAAAAAGACGUUGAACCUAUAGCAGAUCUGGAAAAUUCCGGACCCACUUCAGAAGCCAGCCCAAAUGAUGUCUCUUCUAAUUAUGAGCGAACUGCAAUUUCUGACUCAAGUCAUGCAGUCUCUGAUGCAUAUUCAUCAGGCAAAAUUAUUAAUGUGCCUGGUGAUGAAAGCCCUCUGCUAGUCACUAAGACAGAGACAGAUACAAUGGCACCCACAAACUCCCGUGUUAUUUCUGCUGCUCUUGUCAAAAGGCUACGAGAGGAAACAGGAGCAGGCAUGAUGGAUUGCAAGAAGGCUCUUACAGAAACAGGUGGUGACCUUGAAAAGGCAUCUGAAUUUCUCAGGAAGAAAGGACUAGCAAGUGCAGAGAAGAAGGCUACUCGAAUUGCAGCUGAAGGGAGAAUAGGAUCUUAUAUUCACGAUAGUCGUAUUGGUGUGUUAAUUGAAGUUAAUUGUGAAACAGAUUUUGUUGCAAGGGGUGAGAUUUUCAAGGAAUUAGUAGAAGACAUGGCAAUGCAGAUUGCUGCCAGUCCAAAUGUUCAAUACGUAUCUGUAGAGGAUGUUUCUGAAGAUAUUGUGAAUAAAGAAAGGGAGAUUGAACUGCAGAAAGAGGAUCUUCUUAAUAAGCCAGCAGAAAUUAGAGAAAAAAUUGUCGAUGGACGCAUUGGAAAGAUACUUAAGGAAUUGACCCUAUUAGAGCAGCCUUAUAUAAAAAAUGAUAAGAUCAUUGUAAAAGACUGGAUUAGACAAAGCAUUGCAACCUUAGGGGAAAACAUUCGAGUAAGAAGAUUUGUUCAAUACAAUCUGGGAGAAGGUUUGGAAAAGAAAAGCCAGGACUUUGCAGCAGAGAUCGCUGCACAAACUGCUGCAAAUGUGUCACCCUCAAUGCUAACAGAAAAACCUGGAACUGGAGCUGAAUCCUCUACAAUAGUUGAAGAAAUCAAACCUCCUGUGGAAAAGCGAACACUCAUCUCUGCAGCAUUGGUAAAACAACUUCGGGAGGAAACUGGGGCAGGUAUGAUGGACUGUAAGAAAGCUCUUACAGAAACAGGUGGUGACCUUGAAAAGGCCCAGGAGUUUUUGAGGAAGAAAGGAUUAGCAAGUGCUGACAAGAAGUCAGGAAGAAUAGCAGCCGAGGGAAGAGUAGGUUCCUAUAUCCAUGACAGCCGUAUUGGUGUUCUAAUUGAGGUUAACUGUGAGACAGAUUUUGUUGCAAGGGGGGAUAUCUUCAAGCAACUAGUAGAAGACUUGGCAAUGCAGGUGGUUGCCUAUCCACAAGUUCAGCAUGUCAGUGUGGAGGACAUCCCAAAGAAAAUAGUGGACAAGGAAAGAGAGAUAGAGAUGCAGAGGGAAGACCUUCUUACGAAACCUGAGAAUAUUCGAGAAAAGAUUGUUGAAGGGCGGAUAACAAAGAGGUUAGCUGAGAUAGCACUGCUUGAACAACCUUUUAUCAAGGAUGAUAGCAUUCGUGUUAAAGAUUUUGUUAAACAGGCAGUUGCAUCUUUAGGAGAAAAUAUUCGAGUGAGAAGAUUUAUACGAUACAAUCUUGGUGAAGGCAUCGAAAAGGAAACUAAAGACCUUGCCACAGAAAUUGCUAAACAGACAACAUUGAAGAUAUAGCUCUAAAAUAUUAAUUCUUCAUUUCAAUAUAGGCAGUACUCAAGAAAACAAUUAUUUGUUUAAGGCUGAUUACACCUCUUGGUGCUGCUUAGGAAAAUAAAGCUGUACCUCUUGCAAUACUAGACAGCAUGCCCAUCUUGGAGAGCAAUGCAUACUUUUGUCGGCUCCGUCAGGGGUUUGAAAUUUUCCGCAUCAUUUAAUGGUCAUGGUUGCAUAGCUCACUGUAAAUCUUAAACUUUCUACUUGCUAUGGUUUAUGUUGAUAUUAUUUUCCCAAAAAAAAAAGUAAAAUUUCUCUACAGUUGUAAA